AUGGUCACCCGCCGCGUCUUCUUAUCCCACCAUCCAACGCCGCCACCUCCCGCCGGUAGCAGCCCGAUAACUUCAUCACAAAGAAAAAAGAAAAAGAACAGGAAACGUAAGCCUGCUCGCCGCCUCGUCUCAGCCGUCUCGACGCCUCAUCUCCGUCAGCAAGCACGUAUCUUCGUCUCCGUCCGUCAGCGAAUUGGACGGCGGGAAAGAGGGCGUGCGACGGCGGAAGCUGAACCUUGCAACAACAGCCGACGACCUCACCGGAGGCGGGGGAUAAACCGGGGGCGAAAAUGGCCGCCGGCUAACCACCCUCAGCACUCCCGGAGGCGGAAAAAAAGCACCCAGCCGCGACUGGCUGGAAACGGCCCGGUGACCACAAGAAACGCGCCGCCAGAAGAAGAGGGGCUGAAAUAUUAA